AUGUCGUCGUCGUCGUUUCAAAAAUCGUCGUCGAGACGACGCGCUCAGAGGAACUACGUGGACUCGAAAGUAGACAUCGGGACGAAAGGAAUAAGAUUUACUCGCUUGGACGAAUUCAUCGUUCGCGCGUUGCGAUUGAAAUCCGAGAGACUUUUCGUGUUCAAGAAGAACAACAAAACGCGGAAGGAUGGAGGUCUGAAGAAAGUCUUAAGCGCAUCCGAUUUGGUCGUCAUAGGCGUAGGUGGUAUCGUCGGCGCCGGAGUUUUCGUCUUAACCGGAACCGCGGCGAAAGAAAACGCAGGACCGGCGUUGAUUGUGAGUUACCUGAUCGCGAUGUGUGCGUCCGUGUUCACGGCGUUGUGCUACAGCGAGUUCGCGACGUGCGCGCCGACGAGCGGGAGCGCGUAUAAUUUCAUCUCGAUUACGUUCGGGGAAGUGUUCGCGUAUAUUACGGGGUGGAAUUUAGCGAUAGAAUUGACCGUGGGUGGGGCGGCAGUCGCGAGAGGGUUUACGAGUUAUCUCGCGACGCUGUUCGGUUUGAAGCCGGACGCGAUGCGAGUGAAGAUCAUCGAACACGCGAUUGAACUCGAUUUCUGCGCGUUUUUAUUGGUAUCCGCGAUGACGCUCACGAUUUUUCGCGGGAUGGAGCAAACGAAGAAUUUUCAAUUCGUGGUGGUUACUUUAGCGAUGGCAACGAUUGCGUUUGUGAUUAUUGUCGGGUCCGCGGAAGUCGACGUGGAUAAUUACACGCCUUUCAUUCCUCCGGAGUUUGGAUGGCAAGGCGUCAUGUCAGCCGCGUCCGUGGUUUUCUUCGCGUUCAUCGGGUUUGAUACGGUGGCAACCUUAGCGGAGGAAACGAAAAAUCCAGGCAAGGAUUUACCGAUUGGUAUUCUAGGCUCUUUAGCGAUCAGUGGGAUUUUGUAUUGCGCGAUGGCGGGCGUUAUCACGGGCAUGGUGUCGUACGAACAAAUAGACGUGGACGCACCUUUUUCCGUCGCGUUUACAAAGAACGGCAUUCCGUGGGCAUCAGUGGUUGUCAGUUGCGGGGCUAUCUUUUGUAUCGUGACUUCUCUGUUGGGAUGUUUAGUUGGACAGCCGAGAGUAUACAUGGCGAUGGCGAGAGACGGAUUGAUGCCGAAAUGCAUCGCGAACGUUUCGGAGACGUACGGGACGCCGGUAAACGCGAGCAUUUUAACCUGGGCUCUGACGGGCGUUUUGACCUUAGUGUUCGAUAUCGGUAUAUUAGCACAAAUGGUUUCCAUCGGGACGUUGACGAUAUUCUGCGGAGUCAACCUCGCGCUUUUGGUUCGAAGGUACACGCCGAAAGACGUUCGAUUCGACGACAUGAACGCGAGAUGGCCGGCGCUUUCGCGAGCCUUGUACCUCUUGAUCGCAUGUCUCUCUUUGUGCUUCUCGGUAACGUACGAACUCGAACUAGUGCUCCAAAUCCUCUCCGCCAUCGCCGUGUGCUACACCAUCCUCUCCUUCCAUCUCUACGGCCUCAAAACGUUUCCUCAAACGAACGGCUUUUGCAACGCGCCGAACACUCAGACGCAGUUCACCGCGCCGUUCGUCCCGCUCUUCCCUUCGUUAGGCGUAUUAGCCACGUCGCAGUUAAUUGUGAGUUUAGGGUCGUUGGCACACGUUCGUUUCGCUCUGGUGUGUUUAAUCGCAUUGGCGAGUUACGUGGCCAUGGAUUACGUUCGAUGUUGCGAGUAUUACGAAAUACCAUCUGAAGAAGAAGAAGAGAAAGCAUGA